AUGGGAGAAAUGACUGGCUUCCAAUUGGGAGUCAUUGGUGCACUGUUUCUUUCAGUUGCAUCAUCUGUCUCCAUUGUUAUAUGCAACAAAGCUUUGAUGAGCAAUCUUGGCUUCCCAUUUGCAACAACACUUACCAGUUGGCAUCUGAUGGUAACUUUUUGCACUCUUCAUGCGGCACAACGUCUCAAUUUUUUCGAGAGUAAGUCGAUUGACAUGAAGACUGUCAUGCUCUUUGGCAUUCUAAAUGGUAUUUCAAUUGGUUUACUCAACUUGAGCCUGGGAUUCAAUUCCAUUGGGUUCUACCAGAUGACCAAGCUUGCAAUUAUACCAUUCACUGUGUUAUUGGAAACUCUUUUCCUUAAAAAGCAAUUUAGCCAGAAGAUAAAGUUUUCUCUCUUCCUAUUACUGGUUGGAGUUGGGAUUGCUUCUGUGACAGACCUCCAGCUCAAUUUUGUUGGGACCAUUCUCUCUCUUCUAGCCAUCAUAACAACCUGUGUUGGCCAAAUUCUAACAAACACAAUUCAGAAAAGGCUCAAUGUAUCUUCUACGCAGCUACUCUACCAGUCCGCCCCUUUUCAAGCAGCUAUUCUUUUUGUGUCAGGCCCUUUGGUGGACCAGUUCCUCACCAAGCAAAAUGUCUUUGCCCAUAAAUACUCUUCCAUAGUCUUGGUAUUCAUCAUACUUUCAUGCCUCAUAGCGGUGUCUGUGAACUUCAGCACCUUUCUAGUAAUUGGCAAGACAUCCCCUGUCACAUAUCAAGUUCUAGGCCACCUCAAGACAUGCCUUGUUCUGGGCUUUGGCUACACAUUACUUCAUGACCCUUUCACUUACAGGAACAUAAUUGGAAUUCUGGUUGCCAUUUUUGGGAUGGGAUUGUAUUCAUAUUUCUGCUUACAGGAGAACAAAAAGAAGCAAGCCGGUGACCUCUCUCUGGGCUCCCAGACUAAAGAUAAGGAUGGCAUUCCACUUUUGAGUAUAGAUAAAGAUGGUCAUGAGGUUAAGAAAUCAACCAAGAACUCUCUUGUUUGA